UCUGCCAUCUACCAGGAAAACUACGAGCAGAUGAAAGCACUAGUAAAUCAGCUCCGUGAACGAGCACAGAACAUCAGACUGGCUUUCUUCAACAGCUGAACAUUUCAGUAGACAAGGAGUAUAUUAAGAUGGAAUUCUUGGGCAACAGUGAAGGAGGUGGUGAGAAAGCCCGAGCACGUCACAUAUCAAGAGGAAAACUGUUACCAAGAGAAAGAGUUGACAAUCUUAUAGACCCAGGGUCUCCAUUCCUGGAAUUAUCCCAGUUUGCCGGUUACCAGUUGUAUGGUGAUGAGGAGGUCCCUGCCGGUGGCAUUAUUACAGGCAUUGGGAGAGUGUCAGGAGUAGAAUGCAUUAUUGUUGCCAAUGAUGCCACUGUCAAAGGAGGUACCUACUACCCGGUGACUGUGAAGAAACACUUACGGGCACAAGAAAUUGCAAUGCAAAACAGGCUCCCCUGCAUUUACUUGGUUGAUUCGGGAGGAGCAAACUUACCUCGACAAGCAGAAGUAUUUCCAGAUCGAGAUCACUUUGGCCGCAUAUUCUAUAAUCAGGCAGUUAUGUCUUCUAAAAGUAUUAUACAGAUAGCAGUGGUCAUGGGCUCCUGUACAGCAGGAGGAGCUUACGUGCCUGCGAUGGCUGAUGAAAACAUCAUUGUACGCAAGCAGGGUACCAUUUUCUUGGGAGGACCUCCCUUGGUUAAAGCAGCCACUGGAGAAGAGGUGUCAGCUGAGGAUCUCGGAGGUGCUGAUCUUCACUGCAGAAAGUCUGGAGUAAGUGACUACUACGCUUUGGAUGAUAAUCAUGCCCUUCACUUAGCUAGGAAGAUUGUAAGGAAUCUAAAUUAUCAGAAGAAAAUGGAUGUUACCAUUGAACCUUCUGAAGAUCCUUUAUUUCCUGCUGAUGAAUUGUAUGGAAUAGUUGGUGCCAACCUUAAGCGGAACUUUGAUGUCCGAGAGGUCAUUGCUAGAAUCGUGGAUGGAAGCAGAUUCAAUGAAUUUAAAGCCUUAUAUGGAGACACAUUAGUUACAGGAUUUGCUAGAAUAUUUGGAUACCCAGUAGGUAUCGUUGGAAACAAUGGAGUUCUCUUUUCUGAAUCUGCAAAAAAGGGAGCUCAUUUUAUCCAGUUAUGCUGCCAAAGGAAUAUCCCUCUGCUGUUUCUUCAAAACAUUACUGGAUUUAUGGUUGGUAGAGAGUACGAAGCUGAAGGAAUUGCCAAGGAUGGCGCCAAGAUGGUGACUGCCGUAGCCUGUGCCAAUGUGCCGAAGAUAACUGUCAUUAUCGGGGGCUCUUACGGGGCUGGAAACUAUGGGAUGUGUGGCAGAGCAUUUAGCCCAAGAUUUCUCUACCUGUGGCCAAAUGCUCGCAUCUCAGUGAUGGGAGGAGAGCAGGCAGCUAAUGUGCUAGCGACAGUAGCAAAGGACCAAAGAGCACGGGAAGGGAAACAGUUCUCCAGUGCUGAUGAAGCAACUUUGAAAGAGCCCAUCAUUAAGAGGUUUGAAGAGGAAGGAAACCCUUACUAUUCCAGUGCAAGGCUGUGGGAUGAUGGGAUUAUCGAUCCAGUGGACACCAGGCUGGUCCUGGGUCUCAGCCUUAGUGCAGCCCUCAACGCACCCAUCCAGAAGACUAACUUCGGUAUCUUGAGGAUGUAAUUGGAAUAUAAAGCAUCUUCCGUUGGACAUGUACCAAAAAUUAAUAAAUUAGUAGCCUUAAAAUUUUAGACUUUUUCAAUAUGUGGCUAUUACAGUAAAAUUGUUUUCUUAACACAGUGCAUUAUACUUUUCUACCUUUAAAUAAAGAAUCAGUGAAGAUAUUUAUUUGAUGCAGCUCAAUUCCUUGUAAAUUCUCUUAGAGAAAUUUUUCUAUGGCUCAGCUUUACCACCCUGAAAAGGAAGAGAAUAACUUAGAGUUAUCCUUUCUAAGCCAUAAGUACUAUGAAAAGUUCUGUAAUCUGUAAAUUCCAGGUAUUGUUGAGAUUUUUAACAUAAAGUUGUAUUUCCACUGAACUGAUUGCGUUGCAGAUUAUGUGUGAUAUUUUAAUGUACUUUUAAAAAUAAACAUCUGUUACUUUUCCCUCCAGCCACCACCGUCCUCCUCUCCAUAGUUGUCAGACUUCUUGUCUGCACUCUGGGCUCUGUUUCCUACCCGUUCUUUCCUCACCCUCUCGUUUUCUGGCUUCUACUGCCAACAGCCCUCUCCACGGUCACCACUGACCUCCAUGUUCCUGAAACCAGUGGGUCCUUUUCCGAUUUUACCUGAUUUAAUUCUCUGGCGCAUUCAAAUCAGUCAAACACUUCCUCCUAGAAAUUCUGUCCUUAGCUUCCAUUGCUGUAACACUCUAGGUUUUCCACCAGCCUCCGUGGCCAUUCUUGUUCAGUUUCCUUUGCAGGCCCCACUUCCUCUGCUCAUUCCUCCUUCCCUUUACCAUUUGUCUUGAUUUUUCAUUAGUCAUAUGUGAAUGCAUUCUUAUUCUGAAAGAUACAAAUAGCACAAAAGUAUCUCCUUAUUGUUUAAUUAUUCUUAUUAAAAUAAUAAUUGUGGUAAAAUAUACAUAACAUAAAGUGUACCAUUUUAACCACUUUUUUGUGUGCAGUUCUGUGACAUUAAGUACAUUUAUA